GCAACUUUUAAUUGUAAUAUACAGUAGUAGGAGUAUUUGAUAAAUUGAAGCGACGCAGAGGGGCGAGGGCAGUAUAACAGUCUGAACAUCAAAUCCACGACGCAAAGAUUUCACCGAAAAUGUCGUCGUCGUUUGAUGCAUUCGCCGAAGAUUUCGACAACUCAGCAUACUCCACUUUCUCAUCAUCCACCGCUCCCGUCGAAUCAUUCCCGGACGACGAGAUCACCGCCGAUCACGUCUCUCACUCAGUGAACGGAUCCGAUCUUUUCGGAUUCGGGGCGGAUCCGAACCCGAGCUUCUCGGAGUCCAACGGCAAUGGCACAGCGCCCGGAAUUGAGGAAGAAGACGCCGGAAUUUUCAGUUCCGACGGUCCGGUGCUCCCGCCGCCGGGAGAUAUGCGGGAGGAAGGUUCCGCACUUCGUGAGUGGCGCCGGGAGAAUGCAAUUAGAAUCGGAGAAAAAGAAGAAAAGGAAAAGGAAGUGCGUAACCAGAUUAUUGAAGAAGCCAUAGACUUCAAGAAUGCUUUCUAUGAGAAAAGAAAGAUUCAUAUUGAGACUAGCAAAAGUGCUAACAGAGAGAAAGAGAAGCUGUAUGUGGCCAAUCAAGAGAAAUUCCACAAAGAGGCCGACAAAGAGUACUGGAAAACAAUUGGAGAUAUCAUUCCCCGUGAGGUGCCGAAUUUAGAGAAGAAAAGAGGCAAGAAAGAUCAAGACAAGAAGCCGUCUAUUGUGGUCGUCCAGGGUCCCAAGCCUGGGAAACCUACUGAUCUUGCUAGGAUGCGACAUUUAUUGCUAAAGCUAAAGCACACUCCCCCACCUCACAUGAUAUCACCUCCAACUGCUCCAGCCAAGGAAGAAGGUGUAUCAGCUAAUGCAACUGGAAUUGCACCUCCUGCUGCAGUUGCUGGCCAAACUGCUAUACUAGUUUGACAGCUGGGCUUUUACUUUCCAAUUUUCUUUAAGUUACCCUGUGAUUGUUUCUUUAUAUCUAACUCUGUUCUAGAAACCUGCUCAUACAUCACACCUGGACAUGGAUUUUGGUUUAGGUUUUUAUAUUAUUAUUGUUUUAAUGUUUGGUAUGAAAUAUAUCAUUUUUAUCAAA